CUGCGGCUGGGCGCCCGCAUCGUGCGCCGGGCCCUGGAAGAGCCACUGCGGCACAUCGCGGCCAACGCCGGUGCCGAAGGCUCGAUCGUCGUGCAGAAGGUUCGCGACCUCAAGAACAACGAGGGUUACGACGCCGGCAACGACGUCUACGGCGACAUGCUGGAAAAGGGCAUCAUCGACCCGACCAAGGUGACCCGGACGGCCUUGCAGAACGCGGCCAGCAUUUCCGGUCUGUUGAUGACCACGGAAGCCCUGAUCACUGAGCUGCCCGAGAAAGAGAAGGCGCCUGCCAUGCCGGGUGGCGGCAUGGACGGCAUGGGCGGCAUGGGCGGAAUGGGUGGUAUGUACUAA